AUGUCGCUAAUCAACUCACUACUCGGUUCUCUCUCUCCAAGAAGCUCUCCUAGACUCCGCAGCCCUUCAGAAGCAUCACAUGAACUUCCUUUCUACUCUCCUCCGCGCUCGCCAAAUAUUCCAUCAGCGUUCCCUCCGCCGCCUAUAGCUUCCAGUAUAUAUGUAUCCGCCUCACCUCCUGCGCCAAAGGACAGAGUUCCCGAUGAUCUGCUGGCCGUCCAACGGAAAGCAAGAUACAUCGAAGAACAGCUUCAACACCUUCUGGAUUCCCAGGCAGAGGGUCUCAUGGCAGCUGGAUUAGGCGGCGGCCCCCCAGAUGACCAAAUAUCAAAUGGCAGCAGCACUCCCACAGUCAACAGUAUGCGACGAGAUAUGGCCAGCCCGGACCAACGUCCAGCUCGUCGGAAAGUAAGCCUCACUAUGGCUAGGCGUGGCAUCUACAAAAGGGUUCAACAAAUGGCUGCAGUCAAGGAAGAGGAGGCCUAUCUCCUCGAUGCUGAUAUGGCGAAGAACAAAGCUGUUUUAGAGCGGCUAAAUCGGUGGGAGAGCAAGCAAAGGGGCAUCGAGCAGCGUAUCAAGAGUAUCGAGAAUGAUCAAGCUGGGUCAAGGGCUCAAACUCUCCAGGCCGAAGCCAAAACUCUCGAAACUGAGAUUAAACAGACGGAAGAGAAGCUGUGGGCGAUGAAAGCUCGGCAUCGAAAGAUACUAGCCGAGCUGUCUGAGACAGAGAACUCUGUCGAGGCAAAGCUCUCCUCGUACAAGACGUCUUUGUCCCUGUUGGAAGCCGAUGUCGCCAAGUUUCUUGCCAGACCUCCUUCCGAUGCCAACCACUCCUCCAGGACUUCGGCAUUCUACUCGCUUCCGGCUAAGCGCCGUACUUUAGCAAUGGCACGAGACCAUUGGGAAGAAGAGCGUACGCGACUGGAGGAGAAUUGGCAAGAGGUGGAUAUGGAUAGGGAGGCGUUAGAAGAAGGCGCCAUCUUGUGGCAAGAUGUGUUCAAGCGCAUAACCGACUUUGAGGCUCACCUCCAAGAGGAAAUGCAGGGCCUAGGAAGGGGCCGUACGAGCAGCAGAGACUCGCCUGACACGGCUAACACAGGCUUAAAAGCCCUCAUUACACAGAUGGACGCCACGGUACUCUACAUUGAAUCCAAGCUAAAGCUUGCCGAAGAGAAGAACUGGAAGCUAUUGAUUUGCUGUAUUGGAGCCGAACUCGAAGCCUUCCAGCAAGGUCGGACAAUCCUAAAGAGGGUUCUGUCUCAAGCCUCGCCGCCGAAUCUUCAAAAUGAUUCAGAUUCGGAAACAUCGGGGCAAGAACUCGUAGACCUGGGCGUACAUGGACAAAACCAAUCAUCCCAGCUACCUGCGCGAUCUUCCACGUCCAGACCUCAGCAGUACUUCGACGCGAGCGACGACGACCCUGAUCCGGAACUCUUGAUUUCACAUCAAGACACAGAUACUGACUAAGUACUACUCUUACUGCAGGCAGUUUUUGAGGCGUCAUAAUGGAGCUGUUGUAGCACUAGGCGCGUCUUCCUACCUUUUACUGUCAGGAUCCUUUCAUGUAUCAAUUGUGGCUCUUAAAGCGUAUACCCCGUCCUUCAAUACAUGCUUGUGGGCUUUGGAUCGCAGUGUAGAAAUUGUGUUACUACUAUCAAAUGGCCACAAUAUCUAGGAAUAAGCUCCCGUAACAUUACUUAGCG